CGCUCAGCUGCCUGAGGCUGCGUCCCCGGAUGCGGAAGUCCGGGGGUGGGAGAAUGUGGAGUCUGCGGUUCGGCCGCUCCAUCAGGGGCUCUCCCUCGGGAGGAGCCUCGCACUGGGGCGGCCUUUCCCCGGGAAGCCGCUUCACGCAGGCUGCUGCGGGAGGGAGUGACGGCCGGCAGGAAGCUGCGGGGGACCCACGGCGGAGGGGCCGGGUCUACCAGAAUCCAACAUGGCAGCAUGUGGAACAGAGACCACUCCCUGAGAAAAAAGUAACUGUGGAGGUGCUUGAUCACCUGGAACGUCUGGCACUAGUUGACUUCCGCAACUGGGAGGGUGUACAACGGCUGGAGAAAGCAAUCCAAUUUGCUGAUCAACUUCAUGCUGUUAACACAGAAGGGGUAGAACCAAUGGAUUCAGUACUAGAGGACAGAUGUCUGUAUCUCAGAGAAGAUAACAUCACAGAAGGCAACUGCACUGAGGAGCUGCUGCGAAAUGCCAGAGAAACAGUUGAGGAAUAUUUCAUAGCCCCACCAGGUAACAUCCCUUUACCAAAGCUAGAGGAACGAGAUACUUUUCUGCAGGUAUCCGAGUGAAAGUCAAGGUCUGGAAUGCCACUUCAGCUUUUAAGUCAUCUGUGACAAUUGGCAUAUAUGCAACCAUGGCUGUGGAAUAUCUUGAUGCAAGUGUCUAAUCCCAAGAAUAACACCCUCACAUAAUUA